CUAUCUCGUAACUUUUUUCAAAUGGGACAGCUAGCAUUAAGUCACUCUGGCUUCUCUUCCUUCAACUAUAAACCACCAUUAUACCUUAUAUCAAUUGCUUGCGAUUUUGCGAAGCAAUUGUACAAAAACAAGCUAAUGAUUUAUGUUGAUGUAGUUCAAUGAUUUGUUUUAAUCUUUAUUUUGAUUUCACCCCUUACUAUUGUUGACAAUCAUCCUAUUAAACGGCUUCGUGCCAAGGGAUACAACAUGGCCGGUGCUGGUACCAGCCAGCUGUCCCCAAGAUGGGCAGUCUUCUUGUGUCUCUUCACAAUCCUGUGUUCUCUAUUCACACCAGCAGUGGCGGUCAAGGAAAACGAUUUCAAGAAAUGCGAUCAGUCUGGUUUCUGUAAGAGAAAUAGAGCUUAUGCCGACAAUGCUGUUGCCCUAGGAUCAUCCUGGCAAGCACCCUACAAGAUCGUUCCCGGGCUGGCCUCAUUCAAGGAUGGUCAAUUCAAUGCCAUAAUACUUAAAACCAUCGACGAACAAGGAAACACUGUUCGACUUCCCAUCACCGUAUCCUUCUUGAAAUCCGGUACGGCACGUGUUACGGUCGACGAGCAAAGGAGGCAAGAGAAGGACAUUGAACUUAGGCAUAACAGUGGAGCUCGACCAGAAAGAUACAAUGAAGCUGAAAAAUGGGCUAUCGUUGGUGGUUUAGAGGUUGACAAAAACGCUAAAGUUGCUCACGAAAGCGAGACUGGCAUCAAAAUUCAAUAUGGUCCCGACUCUGCGUUCGAAGCCGAUAUCAACUACGAACCUUAUUCGAUUGAGUUCAAGCGAGAUGGUGCUACACAUAUCAGACUUAACGAUCGCGGCUUAAUGAACUUGGAGCACUGGCGACCGAAGAUUGAGAAACCAGAACCAGAGAAAAAAGGAGGCGAGGAGGGACAGGAAGAAAAGAAAGAGGAAGCUCCCGAGGUACCUGCGUCUGCAGAUGAAAGCACCUGGUGGGAGGAGACCUUUGGUGGUAACACAGAUUCCAAGCCGCGUGGACCUGAGAGUGUUGCUCUCGACAUUACCUUUUUGGGUUAUGAGCACGUCUAUGGAAUUCCAGAACAUGCUGGUCCCUUGUCGUUGAAGGAGACUCGCGGCGGCGAGGGCAAAUAUUCGGAACCAUACAGGUUAUACAACUCAGAUGUGUUUGAGUAUGUUUUGGACAGCCCAAUGACCUUGUACGGCGCCAUUCCCCUUAUGCAAGCUCAACGAAAAGAUUCGACGGUUGGCGUGUUCUGGCUUAACACUGCCGAAACUUGGGUCGAUAUUACCAAGGCUAAGGAAUCCAAGAAUCCCUUGGCGCUUAGUGUUGGAGGGGCCAAGACCAACACUCAAACUCACUGGAUUUCGGAGUCCGGUUUGAUGGAUGUUUUCGUCUUCCUCGGUCCAACUCCUCGUGAUAUCACCAAGAGCUACGGUGAGCUUACGGGGACCACUGCCAUGCCCCAAGAAUUUUCCCUCGGUUACCACCAGUGCCGAUGGAACUAUGUGUCUGACGAUGAUGUUAAGGAGGUUGACCGCAAAAUGGAUCGAUACAAGAUUCCAUAUGAUGUCAUCUGGUUAGACAUCGAAUAUACCGACGACAGGAAGUAUUUUACUUGGGAUAACGACAUGUUCAAGGAUCCGAUCGGUAUGGGUAAACACUUGGAUGUCCACGGAAGGAAGCUAGUUGCGAUCAUUGACCCGCACAUCAAAAACGUGGCGGGCUACCACGUUUCCGACGAACUGAAGUCGAAGGGUCUGGCCGUGAAGAACAAAGAUGGCAACGACUUCGAUGGUUGGUGUUGGCCAGGGUCUUCCUAUUGGAUCGACGCCUUCAGCCCGGCUGCUAUUAAGUGGUGGUCAUCUCUAUUCAAUUAUGACAGAUUCAAGGGUUCGAUGGAGAAUACUUUCAUCUGGAAUGAUAUGAACGAACCCUCAGUAUUUAAUGGUCCGGAAGUUACUAUGCCGAAGGACAAUCUUCAUCAUGGCAACUGGGAACAUCGAGAUGUUCACAACGUAAAUGGAUUGACUUUCCACAAUGCUACGUUUGAAGCCAUGCUCUCUCGAAAGAAAGGCGAAUUGCGACGUCCGUUCGUACUCACCAGGUCUUUCUACGCUGGCUCGCAACGUCUUGGUGCAAUGUGGACCGGUGACAACCAAGCUAGCUGGGAGCACCUUGGAGCAGCUAUUCCCAUGAUCCUAGCCCAAGGAAUUUCGGGUUUCCCCUUUGCCGGUGCUGAUGUUGGUGGAUUUUUCGGCAACCCGGAAUUGGAGUUACAAAGCCGUUGGUACCAAGCCGGCGCUUUCUAUCCCUUUUUCCGAGGACACGCUCACAUCGAUGCUCGUCGCCGAGAGCCUUUCCUACUUGCCGAGCCACAUCGAUCCAUCAUCACGUCUGCUUUGCGUCUCCGCUACAGUCUCCUCCCGGCUUGGUAUACCGCCUUUUAUCAUGCCAACAAGGAUGGUAGCCCCAUCAUCCGUCCUCUAUAUUGGACCCACCCAAGCGAAGAAGGUGGCUUUGACAUUGACGACCAAUUCUUCGUUGGAUCGACUGGUCUUCUCGUUAAGCCGGUUGUGGAGAAGGACAAGACCACUGCUGACAUUUACAUCCCCGAUGACGAGGUUUACUACGACUACUUCAAUUACAAGAAGCUCGCCACAUCUAAGGGCAAGCACCUGACUGUUGACGCUCCUCUCGAGUCUAUACCCCUUCUACUCCGCGGUGGACACAUCUUCCCUCGCCGAGAUACCCCGCGUCGCUCUUCCCAACUGAUGAAGUUCGAUGACUACACCCUUGUCGUAGCAGUUAGCAAGAAGGGUGAUGCGGAAGGAGAACUUUACGUCGAUGACGGUGACUCUUUUGACUACGAGAAGGGUCAGUACAUCCAUCGCAAGUUUAAGCUUGAGGGUUCGACACUUGCUUCUACAGAGGCGGAAGGCCGUGACGUCAAGAGCAUUAAGGAAGGAGAAUGGUUGAAGCGCAUGCGCGGUGUUUCUGUCGACAAGAUCAUCAUUGUUGGGGCGCCCUCAUCUUGGGCUAGUAAGAAGGAGGUAGUGGUUGAGUCCGAGGGUAAGAAGACCACGGCACCUCUCGACUACCACAAGACCGAAGACGGCAAAAAUGCAUAUGCGAUCGUAAGAGGAAUUGGUGCCGGAAUUGGCACUGAUUGGACCAUUUCAUUUGCUUAAGGAGCUAGCUAGGUGUAGAGUAUACCAUGAUAGAGACGAAUAUAUAUAUGACCAUGUAUCCCCUUAGAG